AUGGAUGCCCAAAUCAAUGACGAGCUCAAGAAAAAAUCUACCCCCGGCAUCACCGUAUUUGCACCAACAGAUAGUGCCUUUUCAGACCUCAAACCAGGUACACUGAACUCAUUCAGUGAUCAACAGAAGGCCGCACUGACGCAAUUCCAUGUGGUACCUACUUUCCUUACUGUCUCACAGUUCCAGACAGUGAGCAACCCACUGCACACAGAGGCUGGUGAAAAUACUGUGGAGUUCCCACUGAAUGUCGUAGGCAACGGAACUCAGGUGAACAUGACAACAGGGCUUGUGAACACAACAGUGGACAGCACAGUAUAUACUGACGGUCAGCUUGCUGUGUAUGAGAUCCCCCAGGUUCUCCUUUCACAAGGUAUCCUCAGCCCUCAAGCACCAGCACCAGCUCCUCUACCACCAAAGCCUAAGAAGGCUACUCCUCUCAAUUCAGCGGCUCCUUCAAAGUCGACCACCGUUUCUGUUGAUUCUUCUGGUGCCGGGGGUCUGCCCCACUAUGCACCAACUGCUGUAUCCAUUGGAGUGGCUGUUCUUGCGGCAUUGUCCUUAUCCCUAUGAACUGAGUGUCAGAUUGAUGGAUGAUGAUGGUGUGAUUUUUAGUGCAAUGUGCUUAUUGUGCUGUAAAGAUCAUUUUCGCUUAAUCAAACUGGUACAUUAUGCUUCUGCCUAAA